AUGCUGGUCAGGCUGUUAGGUACGUCAGGAGUCCGAGCCAACAUGAUCACGGUGUUCAUCGAUGGAUUCUUCCAGGAGCCCCUGGAGGUGACCAGACUGCUCGGGUUGAGAGGGAUACAGCACACACCCCAGGGGAAGAAGAACGCCAGGGUCAGCCAGCACUACAAGGCCAGCCUCACUGCCACCUUUGACCUUCACCCAGAGGCUUUGUAUACCAUUGUCAUUGAGGAAGAUCUAGAUGUGUCACCAGACUUUUUCAAUUACUUCAGUCAGACCCUGCACCUGAUGGAGAAGGACAGCAGUUUGUACUGUAUCUCUGCUUGGAACGACCAGUCUAUUCUGUAUGACCAGGUAAAUAAACUGAACACAUCCCAACAUCAGUUUAUGCUGUAUGACCAGUUUAUGCUGUAUGACCAAGUUAGUAAACCGAAUGCAUUCCAACAUCAGUUUAUGGUGGUUGAGCAGGGUUACUCCCACUCGUGUAAGGACUCACGUAAGCUGUACCGGGUGGAGACCAUGCCGGGGCUGGGCUGGCUGCUGAAGAAGAAACUCUUCAAGGACGAACUGGAGAAACAGUGGCCCUCUUCUGACAAACAGUGGGACUGGGACAUGUGGAUGCGUCUCCCCACGGUCAGGAAGAACCGGGAGUGUAUCAUUCCGGACGUCUCCCGCACCUAUCACUUUGGAUCUAAAGGACUCAACAUGAAUCCGUACUUCCAAGAAGUCUUUUUCAAAAAACACUCAAUUGUUAACGAAUCUAACGUCGCUCUGAAGGACCUAGACAGGAUGACAGCUGACAAAUACGAAGUGAUGAUAAAUGAGAUCCUGAAGUCAGGGGUAGUUGUGGACCACAGCAAGGACCCGUGUGAUAGCGGGCUGGUCCCCGACUACAAGGAUACUGUACAUGUCAUGUACAUACAGAUGCAACAUCCCACAGAUUUUACCACCUGGAAACAACUCGCCAAGUGCUACCAUUUGUGGGAUCUAGAUGUGCGAGGAUUUCACAAGAGUAUGUGGAGACUCUACCUGAAUGGAACACCUGUAAUACUAGUGGGGGUACCUGCCUCCCCCUACCACUCGCAUAAACCAGACAGUGUGAAGCCAUUUGUACUGGAGGAACCAUUAAAGAAAGCCAAGGCACAGUAUGACCCCUGA